GUGACGAUUUCGCCCAAGCUUAGACGACGUGGCCGUUAUAGAGAGCGUGAAGCGACAUGGCGAAGCUGCCGCAGCCCUUUGAUGACUACAUCGUCGACACGGACAAGGCCCAUUUCGACUAUGACGCGGCGUGGGACUGGCUGCACAAUCAUGCAUACUGGGGCAAGACGCGCACCCGCCCAGAGAUGGACGUCCAGUUUGACAACUCCUUCAUGGUCUUUGGACUCUUUGAUCGCGACGGUAAAAUGGUUGGCGCGGCUCGCGCAAUUGGGGAGCCAAACCUAGCCUACCUGUCCGACGUCUAUAUCCUCGAGUCGGUCCAGGGCAAAGGACUAGGUAAGGCUUUUCUCGGCUUCGUUUUGAAUGCAGAAGGCAGGAAGAAGUGGAGCUGGGUCUGCCAUGCCAGUCGCAUGAAGGAUUGGUACGUCAAGUACUUUGACUUCUACGACAUCGGCGAGACGCAGCGAAUGACGGACCAAGGGCUCAAUCAUAUGCUCGAGAGAGUCGGCAAGAUCGUAUAUCCGGAGGAGGUCUGACAGCACGGGCUAGUACGCGACCGCUCCCAAUAGAAGCGUGAAUAUGUCAGCGGCCAAGGGCACGCUCUCCUGUCUGUGUGCAAUCUAGCCGC